CGGUCAUUUUAGUGUUGUAGUCAUAGAAUGUAUGUUAUUAGUCCAACCACGUGACUAAAUUCUCGCGUGGGACGGCCCCCACCACAGCGACAGCCCUCCUCUCACGCCCGAGUCCCAGUCCAUAACAAACAAGUGGUAGAGAUAAGAGGACGGGAGCAAGCUUUCUCCGCGGAUUGUACAGUCGGACUUUCCACGCGACACUGUUUUCUCCGAGUUUUUACGAACACAUCUUAUUCUUCUCGCGUUGGGUAUUUUUGGUGCGUUUAUUUAAAAAAAAAAAACUGUCGGAUUUUUUGACUUGACUGGCACCGUGUCAGACUUCUAUGGGACAUGGCAAUGGAAACGCCAUCAACGUCAACGACCGAGUCCGAAAUCUCACGCCUGGGUGGUGUGGAGGCCUUGAGGCUAAAGGCGGGUCCGGUGCGGAGGAACCUCUUCGGUCCCGUGGACCACCAGCAGCUGCGUGAAGACUUCCAGCGGCUGCUGUGCAUGGGCAUCGAGACGGCCAACAAGCGGUGGAACUACGACUUCCUUGAAGACACGCCGGGCACGGGAUCCAACGUCCAGUGGGAGGAAGUGCGGUGCCAAGACGUGCCGGGUUUCUACCGCGGCUGCACGGUGAGGCCGGCGGUGCGAUCGGGCAAGCCGGUGAGGCGGAGCUCCACCUCGUCGGGCGACGACUCCCCUACAUCCAGCAGCUCUUCGGGAUCCGGGGACGAGUACCUGGAGGUGACCGCCAGGGGGUGCUACAGGCUGAAACGGCCAGAAAAACGCAGACAAGCCCCCAUCACAGAGUUCUUCAAGGUGAAAAGGAGGCGGCUUCUACAUUACAAGGGCUCAUCCCGACAAUAGGACCACCUCAUAAAUAUCAAAUGAACAUAUGUAGCAUAUAUAAAUAUAUAUUCUAUAUACUGUUUUCCUCAGCUUUUAUCGCUAUACUGUGAAAUUAUAUUACGUGCACUCUUACGGACAACUACUCUUACGGUGAGCUCGGAAGUUUUCAUUCAACGAGUCACCAUUCCUGGCCCCAUGUUGUCAUUUUUAAAAAAAUAAAAUAAAUGGCAACAUGCUAGUUAUUCGCUCCAGGUUAGAGAUCAACGGUGGAGACUUGAUGUGGCUUCACUAAUAAUCCAAUUAUAAUGACUAUUUAUUUAUUAUUCACGACGCUAGCUCGUCGUCAAAAUAAGAUACAAAAAAACAAAAAAAUAUAUAUAACACCCAAUGUGUACAACGAGGUAAAAUAAGAUGUUUGUGCCAUCGCCCCCAAAAUUGUGUGAUUAUGGCUCCACCCUUGCCACUAGGAAAUUAAACAUCACAACACUGCGCAAAAAAAAAAAAAUCACACACUAUAUGCGCUUCUAACGUAUUAUUUGCGUAAAGGACUAUUUAACAUCUUUUAUAUUUUGGCAACAGUAUAGACAAACCUUAUCUAGUUAUUAUUUCAAUGCUUUUAAAUAAUGUAGCAUAUUGGUGACGGCGUGCCUCACUUUUGUGCCAGUUUGUAAACUUUGGGCAAAAGUAUUGUGACGGUUGAAUGCAAUGGCGUCUCAAGCAUCUUUAUUCAUAUUAGAGGAAGCGUUCUCUGUUCUCAAAACUACACAAUUCAGAUUUGUGGUUUACAAAGCCAUACGUUGGAUAGACUCAUUACUACCUCAUUCAGUAAAAUAUACAAAAAGUAUAAAAAUAAAGAAACAAUGCAACAACUCAGGUUGUUUGCAUCUGUUGGAUCAGUUAAGAGAAAUUGAGAGACUUUUUUUUUUUUUUUUCUUGCUGUUGUUUUUGCAGUCAGUUUCACAUCGGGUAAAAGAGUCAGCGAGGGGCUCGGAGGGGCCCCGCACUGCUUUUGUUGUCACUCACUUGGCCUUUUGAGUUGCUUUGACAGCCAAGUGGGGGAAGGGUCACUAGCAGGUCUGAGAAAAUGCUUUGGACCCCUUUUUUUAAAUAUGACAGUAUGACCCAUUAAUUAGCCGCCCACUUUUUUUUUUUUUUUUUAAGUCUCUCAAUCCCUCUUUGCUGCACUAACAAAGUCAGUCACUGCAAAAAUCAUUGUCUUGCUUUGAAAAGGGUAUAUGUCAGAAAACGAUUGUUUUACUUGUAUCUACGUGUGUGAUUGACAAACAUUGAUAAGAAAAAAAAAAAGUUAACUUAUUUGGAGUUUAUAUUGUGUGUUUAGAGUUAUGAAUAUCCCUUCUAUUUGUGGCGAUUACUAAUUGUGUCAUUUCUGAGAUCUUUGCACUACUCCAACAUUGUUGACAGAGAGAUAUUUUUGUAUGGUAAUCUUUAAAAUAAUGAUUAAAAAAAAACCUCUUCGACUCUUUCCACACUUUCCUCACUGAGCGCAAUUCUCUCAGUUGUUUCUAAUUUAUCUGUCACAGCUAUAUCAGUCUCUUUUUUUGUAUUCUGCAUAAAUGUAUGAUAAUCAUUUCUGGUAAUCACAUGUGUAUCCUAUAACAAAGAUGGAAAAGUACAGAAUCGUAUAUUUGUAUGGAGUUGUUGCAAAGAUUCUGAAUAUUGCUGGGUUGUUUGUACACUGCUACCUUUGUCUGUGACUUCUUUACAUGUGCUCAAAUGAAUAAAAACAAUUUCAAUGUA